CUGCCUACUUUUACUCCACUUUCUUGCUCUCUGCUCAUCUUGAACUUGGAAGUCCUCAUCACACGCAGCUCUCAUACUCUAGUCUCACGAUGAUCGAUAUGGACAGCCACCAGCAGACGUUCAGCCGCUGCCGCACUGAAUCCUCGUGCGACAACUGCUCGCGGCCGUCAGCGGAUGGAAAUGAAUCUCCUGAAGUAUGUCUCGGCAAUGAUUUCACCGAAAUGUUCCAUAAUCUGUCUUCUGACACUCCCGGCGUCUUUAGAGUCCGCCGCGUGGGUGGUCAGGCGAGGGACGGAUCCAUGGCUCCGCUCGGCGGGUGGGUGCUGCCGUUCGAAUCCGAGCCGCUCUCCUGGCAUUUCGUUUUGGGCGACGAGAUCCUUCGCGGCGCGUCCGGCAUAGUCCGCCGAUGCACGGAAAGACGCGGCUUCGGGAAACACCCAUCGGCUUGCCGGAAUUCGCCCACCAUGGCGUGCAAGACGAUCCCGAGGAGGCUCCUCCGAAGCGGGGAGGACGUGGAGAUAGCGCAGGCGGAGGUUGCGGGUUUGAUGCAUGUGAGCGGUGACGAGGGGUGCAGAGGGGUACAGCUGCGAGGGGUGUUCGAGGACAGAAAGGGGUUACACAUCGUAGUGGAACUUCCUGGCCAUGGCGAGGAAUAGAAACGCGCACUUGUUGAAUCUUGUGGGCAUUUUCGGUAGAGUAGGACAAUGCGAUGUUAGCGAGAGGUUGCUCGACGCUUCUCAAUCAGCCUAGCAGUAACUCCACCACACCAAGUAACCAACUAGAGUUCUUACUUCCCCUUAGAUUUCUUUGAAUGCAUUGUCGUUGUGUAUGUAUAUACUGUUGAAUUAAAACCCGCGGCCCAAAUUGUUCAUACGCACUGCGUAUGAACUGUGAGCCUCGGCCUGGACG